GCAUCUGCCCAUUUUCCAGACUGAGAAGGCUUUCCUCAAGCAGCCUAUUGCCUCUUCCAUGCUUUCUAUUCUUUGUGAGCUACAUACAUUUCUUAACCGAAAUUUUUUGCUUAAAUGUAGCACAAAGAAAUCUGCCAAGGGUAAGAAGCCAGGCAAGGGAGGCAGCCACUUCUGGAAGAGCAUUGGCCUGGGCUUCAAGACCCCCAGGGAAGCAAUUGAAGGGACCUACAUUGACAAGAAGUGCUCAUUCACUGGAACUGUUUCCAUCAGAGGCAGGAUUAUUGCUAGAACAUGCCAUAGUGCCAAGAUGAACAUAACCAUCAUUGUUCGCAGGAACUACCUCCACUUCGUUAAGAAAUAUCAGAGGUACGAGAAGAGGCACUCCAACAUUCCCGCUCUCAUCACCCCAUGCUUCCGUGUCAAGGAAGGUGACCAUGUCAUCAUUGGCUAGUGCAGGCCCCUGUCCAAAACCGUGAGGUUCAAUGUUGUGAAAGUCAUCCCAGCUGGAUCCACUGGUGGCAGCGGCGGGAAGGCCUUCACCGCGGCUUGAGCUUUAGACUAUGUUCCAUGAGUAGUCUAUAGAAUGAUGUCUUUUUGCUAAAAAUUCCUGCUAGGCUGGUGUUUUCGACUAUGGUUUGGUGAUUGUUCGCUGUCUGAAUGGAGUCUCGUCACCGGAACAUUAUUCGUAUGAGGUUAUAUUUGGGCUGUAAUUGCUUAUUGUGCUUUGGGCUGAAACUUUUGUUUUGGUAAAUGGGUUGUGUAUAAAGCUGAAUUUGGUUAGCUAAUAAUAGAUGUUGGGCUGAAAUCAGGCCCACUUUGAA